AUGGGCUGCAUGAACUCUAAACCUUCUUCUAAAUUUUAACCUCCCUCAUCUGCAAGGAGUUAGAUAUAAAUCUAGUUCAAUAGUCAAGAUGAACUUCCUUACGUGAUCAAAAAGAAUCCAAUAUUCCAAAGACGAGCCUCCUAAAAGUCCAUCGUUAGUCCUGUGCAAACUGCCUCUUUUAUCUAAAGAAAUAAGUGAGUCUUAAACUUAGAAUGAUCUUUCUUUAUUUUAUAUACACAAAUCUAUAAAUACCCAUUUUUAUA